GAAUGGCACUCCAGGUCCCCGAGGGGCGGGCCCGGGGUCCCCCACUCCCGGGCCGAGGGAGCGGGGUGCGAGGCCUGGGGAGGGUUCUGGGGACCGGACGUCGGGUUCUUAGAAGGGGAGAUGACUUUCCACCGUCCCUGGGGCGCACGCAGGAAGCCUGGGGGAGUAGGAGGCGGAAACUCACCCCCAUCACAGGCGGCGUGGCGAGGCCGGGCUCUGGGGCGCGCGGGGACCGGGCUGCGGGGUGCAGGUCCGAGGCCAGCUCUUCCGUCCCCUUCAAGACCCCGGCACAGGCAUGAGGGGCCCCGGGCCGAGAUGACAGUGCUGGCGCCAGCCUGGAGCCCAACUUCCUCCCUGCAGUCCUCUCUGGUGGUGCUGCUGCUGCUACUGCUGCUGCUGCUACUGAGCCCCGGCCUACAAGCGUCACCCUACGACUGCUACUUCGACUACAGUCCGGUGUCCUCCACCUUCAGUGGGCCCAUCAGCGAGCUGACUGAGUACCUGAUUAAGGACUACCCAGUCACUCUGGCCUCCAAUCUUCAGGACGAGAAGCAUUGCAAGGCCCUGUGGAGCCUGUUCCUGGCGCAGGGCUGGAUGGAGCGACUGAAGACGGUGGCAGGGUCCAAAAUGCAGAAGCUCCUGGAGAAGGUCAACACCGAGAUCUACUUUGUCACCUCGUGUGCCUUCCAGCCCCUCCCCAGAUGUCUUCGGCUCGUGCAGACCAACAUCUCCCACCUCCUGCAGGACACCUUCACCCAGCUGUUGACGCUGCGGUCCUGCAUCGGGAAGGACUGCAAGAACUUCUCCCGGUGCCUGGAGGUGCAGUGCCAGCCGGAGUCCUCUACCCUUCUGCCUCCAAGGAGUCCUGGAGCGCUGGGAGCCACGGAGCUGUCCCAGCCUCCGUCCCCUCAGCUCUUACUCCUGCUGUUGUUGCCGGUCGCCCUGGUGCUGCCGGCAGCUGCCUGGUGCCUUCUGUGGCGAAGGGCAAAGAAGAGGAGGAGGAGGAGGAGGAGGAGGAGGAGAAGGACGUCCCCCCCUGGAGAGCCGACGCCCCCUGCCUCCUGUCCCCAGGAAGUGAUGCUUGUGCAGAGUUGACUCAGCCAGGGCCUCAUCUAGAAGAGGACGCUGAGGCCAAGCAAGAGCAGUCACCUGACACAGAGAGCACAGCCCCAACACAGGGGAAGUUGGCUGGAGGCUGGCCCGCUCCUGGGCUUGCUGCCCCUCCAGCUUUCUCCUCAGGAUGGAGUCAACAUCAGAAUCAAGCAUGAGCUCCACUUACAAACUCUCCACAAAGUCCUUGCCCCCAUGAACUUGUACAUAAAUAAUUCUUUUUUUACCAGCUCA